GGGAGAUAACUGCUUUCAGUCAACUCGCGCUAAACACUAAGCUGUGAGUGACUGCCCAACUGGGAAGACAUACACUGGCACAGAAUGUCUGGUGGUCCAAGCACAAAGGUGGACAUAGGUGAUUUGAAGGAUGCAUUCCUAGAAUGUGCUGUUUGCACAGAACACUUCAACCUGGAUGAACGAAAGCCUCGACUGUUACGGUCUUGCCUCCACGCUUUCUGUUCACAUUGUCUGCAGAAACUCCUGGAGAAGCAGGGGAAGGGCAUCGUGACAUGUCCACUGUGUCGCCAUGUGGAGAAUGGCGUCAACAAGAUUGAUAUAUUGCCCAUUGAUCCUGUGAGGUCUAAUUUGGUGGAGUACCUGCAGGUCAAGCAACAGAAGAAGGUCUUGUGCAGUGACUGUCCCGAAAGUUUGGAUGCCAUUUCACGCUGCCAAGACUGCAAAUCGUAUCUUUGCAAGGACUGUGACUUUGCUCAUCAUCGAAACAAGUUGAGUAGAGACCAUUCCAUCAUAUCUCUAGAAAAGUUGCUUGAGGAACCUGUCAAAACUUUCUCCAGAGGUAAUUUUUGUCCAAGUCAUCCCAAGUACAAUGUUGAAUUCUUCUGCUCAACAUGUAAGACAUUAUGUUGCCUUUCCUGCACCGUUGUGGAUCACAGCGGCCAUACGUUUAUGAAACCGAAAGAAGCUGCUCAAGCAGGGAGACAGGACAUAGAGCGUUCCCUGGCCGAAGUAGGCAAGAUGACUGGUCGUCUUCAAACAUUGAGAAACAAGGGCAAACAGCAGGAGAAACUUCUCACCAUGGCAACUAAAAAUGGUAUGGCUGAAAUUGAUAAGAUGUUUGACUGUAUGAACCAGUUACUGAAAGAACGUAAGGACCAUUUGAAGGUCAACAUUCAAGACAAAAAUGAACAAAUGGUGACUUCUGUCCAAAAGGCUACGGAGACCUACGAGCAGACCCUUGCCAUCAUUGAGUCCAGUACAUCGUACUACAAUGAAGCUCAAAAGAGAGUUGAUGACGUAGAGAUGCUGCAGAUGUACCCGGCCAUAAAACAGACCCUUCAGUCCAUGGUGGAUGAAGACUGCACCUCUAAUGUUCCUCUGGAUGACGAUACGUUUGGCUUCAGGCCAGAACUGGAUUGUGAUUUGGGAUUAUACGUUUCGAAGUUAGGUCAAAUUAGAAACACAAUUGCGAUCCCUUUUCCAGAUGUGAAGGCCAAGGUUACAUCUAGUCCCCGAAACUUUGAGAGAAGUGAACGAAAGGAGCAGAAGACCGUGAUAAACGAGUUGAGAGAAACACCGUUGAUUGUUGGUGAAGUAAGGUACAUUGUUGCUGCUGAGUGGUUUGAAAAAUGGGAACGAUAUGUUGGCAUCUUCUCUGACGAUGGAAGCCCUGGACCAAUAGACAACACGCCCUUACUGACAUAUCACAAAACGCUAAGGAAAAGCAGAUUAUAUUCAUAUCAACAGCAAAAGGACAUGGUCACUCUACCUAAGGCUGCGUUUGGGAAGCUAUUGGAGUGGUAUGGAAUCGUAGCAGAGGACACUGUUCUCUAUCGGAGUGUUAUCAAGGUUGAGGCACGACCAGAAAUAGAGAUCCACCCGCUAGAACUAUGUUUGAAGUGUGUACCAAGUGGACAACAGUUAACGAAAUCACUUUCUCGUGAAACAACCAUAGGUGAAUUGGAAAUGUGGAUGAGGAAGACAUUUGGUGUGCCAAAGGACGCACACACCCACCUGUUGACUGGAGAACGUCGUGGAAAAUUUUACUAUGAGCAGACUCGACUAGAACCACAGAAGAACUUAUACAAUGCUGGGCUUAAAGAUCAACAGACUGUUGAGCUACAUGUUCAGAGUGUUCAUCAACCUGCCAUUACCAAGGUGCAGGCAGCAAGUGAUUCAGCAAAGAAAAAGACAAAGAAGAAUUCCAAUCCAUGGUAACAAAGUGGAUACGAAUUUUACAAGCAGGAUGCCUAGGCCAAGUUCACCAGAGAACAAUUUGUAAAACAAGGUGCUAAACUGAGGCAUGCAUGACUUUUGAGAAACUUAUUAGCAAUAUGCUAUUGACAGGUUACAUUUGUAGACCUACCAAUACCAGGAAUGAGGAAUUCUGUGGCAGCUCAUGGCCGAGAUUGAAAGUCAAGGAGGAAUGGAACUUAUAUCAUUUUAAGUUAGAUAGAGCAUGAGACAUUUUGCUUUCUGCUGAUAUUAGGUGUUGUUGUCAACCUUAAAGGGACAUGUUAUUUGAUGAUCUGAGCCUCAUGUGCAAGGCUCGCUGACUUGGUUGAUGCAUGUCAUCAUAUCCAAAUUGCGUGGAUCGAUGCUCGUGAUAUCAAUCACUGGAUAGACUGGUCCAGACAUGAUUAUUUUUACAGAUCACCAUCAUAUAGCUGGAAUAUUGCUGUGUGUGGCUUUAAACAACAAACAAACAAACAAAUCACAUUCUCAUGGGUUAGGUCAGAUGUCACCUCAUAACUUGAGGUCAAAAUAUUCAAGACCCAUAUUUCAUGAGGGAUGUGUUAAAAGAUUUCAAUGGGUUUUUUAAUUCAUAAAAGGUGAUCACAGGGCUGCUACCGUUCAUGUAAUGUGAACCAUGUUUUGGUCCAUGUGAUCUUGCCACAGACUUUCACUUUCACGACUGUAAAACUGAAAAUACAGUCAACUCACUAUUCUGUUCAUGGGUCAUUGUAAAAUCAUGCAGCCAUCUCAGUUAUCAGCUACUCCAGAGUGAGUGGGUAUGGUUUUACGCCGCUUUUAGCAAUAUCCAGCCAGCAAUAUCAUGGCAGGGGACACCAGAAAUGGGCUUCACACAUUGUACCCAGGUCGGGAAUCGAACCCAGGUCUUCGGCGUGACGAGCUUUAACCACUAGGCUACCCGACCACCCCUCUCCAGAGGUAAAGGUCAAAUGCAUAUAGGACCAGGUGAAAGAUUUCUUUCUACGUUCAGAAAUGAUAUUGAACAAACAUAUAUAAUAUUGUUUUGUCAUGUCGUCUUCUUUUUAAACCAAGAUGAAGGUGCUGAGGAAUAUUUGUUCUUUUUUGAUGACAUCACAAUAUUUCUUCAAAAGAUGGAAUAUCAAUUAUUAGAAAGGCCUGAUUUCAAAGGUCCUUUAAGUUGAUAAGCCUUCGCAGAGACUUUUAUUGGGGGCACAUAUUUUGCCAAGCCUUUAUUAGGCAAGUGACAUUAUUUACUAGGUGAUUAUGGCAAUAGCUUCAUGUUAGCAUCAGCAACAAUCCAUGGUUGGAAAUGAAAGGUUCCAAUAUUAUUGUACCUUGGAAACGCCAGAUCGUGAAAUUUCUUUUUUUAUUCUUGUCCUUUCUUUUCUAUCUGCAUUAUGAAUUCUUUUCCUUUGUUUCAAGACAAUAUCCAUUAUGACCAAGAUAAUUAAUGAAUGUUCAGUAAAGCAACAAGAAGAAAUUGUUGUAAUGAUAUUAUAUUUGUAUUAAAACCAAACCAGUUUCCUGAAGCAGUAGGUUCAAUGAUCUAACUGAAUUAGGCUCAUUCAUGUUUGUCCAACAGUGCUUAGCAACAAGGUACUUUCUUGUCAAUACAUGCAUUGGAGGUUAAUAUUUUAACCUACAGAUUUCAAAACCUAGCAUCCUAACUACUUCAUUGAUCUGACCCGUGAAGAUCUGGGUUAGAAUAGGUCUUUAGCAACCCAUGCUUGCCAUAAAAGGCAACUAUGCUUGUCAUUAGAGGUGACUAAUGGGAUUGGGUGGUCAGGCUUGCUGACUUGGUUGAUGCAUGCCAUCGAUCCCAAUCACUGGAUUGUCUGGUCCUGACUUGAUUAUUUACAGACCGCCGUCAUAUAGCUGUGAGUGUGGCAUUAAACAAUAAACCAACCAACUUCACUGAUUUGUACUUUAUUUUACCAGUUGAAUUAAAUAAACAUAAACAUCA